GAAGAAGUGCCUCCUCUUUUUCGGGCGCAUUUUAAAAAAACAGGAAAUGUAUAACCAGUAUCAGCCGUUUAGGCGUUAGACUUUAUCUCUUUGGUAAAGUAAUUAGAAAAUUGUGAUAAUGAAAUUUUUUUUCUGUAAAAUAAAUCGUUUAAUAUUGUUUUCGGUAUGAGUUUAGAGGUGCCCUGUUUGUCAUUUCGCCAGCCGUACGCUACUCUCGUGUUGAAUAAUGUAAAAACAAUAGAAAGUCGCUGGCGACCCCUGCUGUCAGAGAUGCAGAACAGCACUCUAGCUGUUCACAUUGCUUGGAAAAGCUGGGACGGAGAGGCCUGGAGGCUCAUACUUACUGAAAGACUGGGAUUGACAACCAAACAAACGGAGGAACUUCUGGAGUCGGGAGAAAGGUUCGGGCGGGGUGUUAUAGCAGGUCUUGUGGAUGUUGGAGAGACGUGGUGUUGUCCAGACAAUGUUCCCUGCGAAGAAAUGAAAAAGCUAGAGACAGCAGCCUGCUUGACUGAACUCAACUUGAAAUACCUUACAAGACUCUCAAACCCCCGCUGGCUCAAUGAACCAAUGUAUGCUAGGGGUCAUAAAGAUGUGUGGACUGUAAACAUACCAAUUCGUCUACUGCCUUCUGCUUCUUCUGUGUCUGAACUGAAGGGACGCUAAGGCGUGCCUUUACUGGAGAUUUGUAAUGUAGAUCUAAUGGGUCCUUUUUACACUCUAAUAAAAACAAGUUUAAUUUAUUGUUAGUGUUAAAGUGUUAAACAUUUUCUUAUUUGAAUAUAUAGUCUAUAUUGUGUUGACCUAAUAUGAAUAGCAGUGCUGUUUGAAUAAAAAACGCUAUACAACCUUUUUUUGUCUUAGGUGAAAUGAGGAUUCAAGGUGUUAAAAUAGAUUAUUAAAUUCUACAUUAUGGUUGUAGUGAUGUCUUCUGUUUUCCUUAUUGAACACUUUGCCCCUUGAGAUUUAGAAUGGCUCCAUCAAUAUUGAUUUUUAAAUCACUCCUAAAAAAGUACCUAUUUAGCUUGACUUUUUAAUAUCAUUUUAAUAAUCUUUUCUACUGGUUCAUUCUUAUUCAUACUGGUUCAUUUUAUUUUACUUUGACUUAUGUACACUCUCAGAAAUAAAGGUACAGGAGCUGUCAUUGGGGUAGUACCUUCUUAAAAGAUACAUAUUUGUACCCAAAUAGUUCACAGUGGUACCUAAUAUGCACAUUAGUACCAAAAUGUACCUAAAAAGUUCCUUUGAGGUACCAUUAUGGACCCUUCAGGUACAAAUAUGUAUCUUUUGAAAAGGUACUGCCCCAGUGACAGCUUCUGUAUCUUUAUUUCUGAGAGUGUACAGCACUUUGGUCAGUCUUGUGACUGUUUUUGUGCUUUAUAAAUAUAUGAACUUGAACUUAUUGUUUGAGCGUUGCUGAGAACGGAGGAUUUUGAAUAUGAAAAGAAUUAUUUGAAGCAGGGAUAGAUUGUUUGGACCCGAUUACCCUUAACCCCACAUAAUGCUGUUUGCUAUAUUCUCAU